AUGUUGCACUUCAAGCAAGCAAGCAGAUUCAUCCGUCUCCCAUUUCCGUCAUUUCGCCUCCCAUUGUCGCAUCGGUCAGUCAAUCGAUUCUCCUCCACGCGCGCCAUGGCCAAGAUUCACGCGGACUGCUCGCAUCUCGCGGACACGAAAUGGUUGUGUCUCUGCGUGCGGCUGCGCCUCUUCACGCUCUUCGAGCUCCUCCUCGUCUCCUCGCUUCUCUGCCUCCUCGUCUUCGCUCGCCUUCCCCUGCCUUGCACCACCAAGGCCCCCUCAUCAGAUCAACCUGCCGCGCCAAGCCCGCCGCAGCCCACGCCAUCGGAUAAUCCGUCCGCCCCGCCUUCCACGCCGCCCAGCGCACCACAGCAGCAGCCAGAGGACGAUCCGUUGCAGCACCUCCGUCGUUUCGUGUCGCCCGACUUCUACCGCCCCCGCCUCGCCCCGUGGGGCCGCAGCUCCUCCGCCACCGGCAAUACUAAGGCCGCGCAGCCGCCGCCGUCGGGGAUUUGCAUUGCAAUACCGUCGGCGCCGCGGUUCGAUCCGGACGGCGAGGAGAAAUCGUGGCAGCGCGUGGAGAACCUGCUACUGGCGCUCGACGCGCGGCGCGCGCGCGAGAGAGACGGGCUGCUGGAGCGCGCGAUGCGCGUCGUGGUGUACAGCUCGGGCUGCCGCGUCGACGACCCCGCCAGAAGGGCCGGUGCGCGGAACAACGGCGCACCCAGCGGCGCAACCCCCUCCUUGUUGAAGCGGGCGGCGGCGGAGCUGGCGCGCGAGGCGAACGUGAGCGAGGCGUACGUGCGGCCGCUGGUGGGGGCGCUGGCGCAGGACGCGGCGAACGUCAACCCGCUGGUGGACGCGCACACGGCGGCGAUCCAGGCGGUGGCGGAGCGCAUGGAGCUCCCCGUGGACGUGCUCCCCGCGCACCCCGACGGCUGCGCACUGCUGGGCGAUGCCGACCGCCUCCUGCGCUCCGCGCCGCGCCAGCACGUGGAACGCGACGGGUGGCAGCGGUGGCGAUGGCACACGAAGCUGUCGAUGGACUUCGCAUACGCCGUGCGACAGUGCCUGGCGACGCGGCCGCGCUACGUGCUGCUGCUGCAGGACGACGCGUUCCCCGCGCGCCUGUGGGACGUGGGUAUCGAGCGGUUCAUGGCGCGCGACCUGCGCGGCAAGGCGCCGUGGGACGUGCUGUCGCUGUACUACCCGCGCUCGUACCGCUGGAACCUGCAGCACGCGCAGGAGUACGACAUCCCCUGCUGCGCGCAGUCGCUGCUCUUCUCCGCCCGCUCCGCCGCGGAGGCGGUGGCGCACGUGGAGCGCGGAGUGACGCGCGCGCCGAUGGACCUCCUGCUGCACGAGUUCAUUGGCAGCGCGGCGGAGGACGGGCGGCAGAGGCGCGGGUACGUGCACGUGCCGUCGCUGUUCCAGCACACGGGGCGGGUGCGGUCCACGGGGCAGGGCCGCGAAAAGGCGAGCUUCCACGAAGACGUGCAGUUCCCCGACGAGCGCGUCGACGCGCCGUACAGCGCCGAGGAGAAGCUCGCGCUGCUGCGGGGAAAUGCGGGGGAGCGGCGCGCGGAGGGCGCGUACGGGCAGGUGGAGCCCGACGGGUGGCACGAGUUCCUGGAGAGGCAGCAGCAGGAGCUGGCGCAGCAGAUGGCGGCCGCCGUGAAUGGCGGAGGCGCCGCAGGGGAUGCCGUCGUCGCGCGGAGAUCCGAGGACGAGCAGGGCGGAGGAGCGUCGCGCGGAGAGGAGGAGCGGAGCAGUGGGGAGCGGCAAAGUGCAGGAGGGGGUGAAGAGGGGGCAGGGGUGGAGUUGUCAAGUCAGCAGCAGGUGCCGUCGGAAGGCGCGAGCGCGGCGGCCUCUGUUCACUCCCUCACACUACCUUACGGUUCGCAUGAAUCCCGGCACAGCACCCUCCCCCCCACCUCUCUCCGCCCACCCCGCUGGCAGGCGGUGCUCACCCAUCUGCGCACGCGCGCUCUGCACUGCCCUCCUCCACAAAUGCCCCCAUACGCGCUGCCAGAGACGCCGGACGACACAGCACCCUCCUCUGCACGCAUGCUGCCUGCCACCGCGGAGAUGGGCAGGCAGGAGGGGAGCGCUGCGCAGGAGGCAAGUAAGGCGGGGCAGGAGCACCACCAGCAGCAACAGCAGCAGCAGGAGCAGGAGCAGGCGGGGAGGGAGGGCGGGCAGCGGGAGUCAGCAUCGGACCUGGCCUCCCUGCGGGCGUCACUGGCUGCCUCGCGCUCGCCGCAGGACUGCUGGAGCCGAACCGAGAUGCACGCUUACAUGCCGGUGCACUCAUGCCUUGAGGUGCGCUCAUGCCUUGAGGUGCGCUCAUGCAUUGAGGUGCGCUCAUGCAUUGAGGUGCGCUCAUGCAUUGAGGUGCGCUCAUGCAUUGAGGUGCGCUCAUGCAUUGAGGUGCGCUCAUGCAUUGAGGUGCGCUCAUUCCUUGAGGUGCGCUCAUGCCUUGAGGUGCGCUCAUGCAUUGGGGUGCGAUCAUUCCUUGAGGUGCGCUCAUGCAUUGAGGUGCGCUCAUGCAUUGAGGUGCGCUCAUGCCUUGAGGUGCGCUCAUGCCUUGAGGUGCGCUCAUGCAUUGAGGUGCGCUCAUGCCUUGAGGUGCGCUCAUGCAUUGGGGUGCGCUCAUGCAUUGAGGUGCGCUCAUUCCUUGAGGUGCGCUCAUGCAUUGAGGUGCGCUCAUGCCUUGAGGUGCGCUCAUGCAUUGAGGUGCGCUCAUGCCUUGAGGUGCGCUCAUGCCUUGAGGUGCGCUCAUGCAUUGGGGUGCGCUCAUUCCUUGAGGUGCGCUCAUGCAUUGAGGUGCGCUCAUGCAUUGAGGUGCGCUCAUGCCUUGAGGUGCGCUCAUGCCUUGAGGUGCGCUCAUGCAUUGAGGUGCGCUCAUGCCUUGAGGUGCGCUCAUGCCUUGAGGUGCGCUCAUGCCUUGAGGUGCGCUCAUGCCUUACAAGGGUGGGGGUCAGAGAGGGGGGUUGGCGGCAGCACACAGGCAGUGCAGAGGGCCACGCGCCAUGUCAGUACCUCUUCUAUCGGGACUCCAUCGCAGGAGUGGGCAACCGCAUACUGGCGUUGGUGUCAGCCUUCUCCCUAGCGUUACUCACCAACCGCACGCUGCUGCUCUCCGCUGCCUCCUUCCCCGCCACCGCCUUCUGCCAGCCCUUCAACGCCUCCGACUGGACCAUCCCCGCCGCCCACUUUGAGGCCAUAGUGAGCGACGUGGCUAAGGACGCCAAGCCCAACAAGUUCCCUCCCUCCAACCGCUCCCUGCACCUCGACUACCCGAGCGGCUUCUGGUGGAACGUGGUGUGUGACGACGAGCAGCAGCGCAUGGCAAGCACGCCCGUGCUGCUCUUCACGUCCUACUUCUACACUCUGCCUGCCCUCUACUUCCGCCCCUCCUUCCAAGCCGUUCUCGACAGCUGGUUCCCGGACCGCCGCCCGUUGACACAUGUAGCGCGGUGGCUGCUGCAUCCGGCCAACUCCCUCUGGCUCGCCGUCUCGCAGGCCUUCUCCGCCUACCUCGCCCCCCACAGCCCCCGCCUCGCCCUGCAGAUCCGCCCAGUGGAGGAGGUGGAGGAGGACAUCAUGCCGCACAUCCUCACCUGCGCUCACUCCAUCGCACACCUCCUGCCUGCCGUGGGGCUCAACGAUUACGAGGACGGCGCUGCCAUGUUUCACGCAUCCACCAAUGCCACCACCACCACCGCCACCACCGUGGGUGAAGGCCCACCGACAGCAGGGCGGUCAGCGGCAGUGUUUGUGGCGUCGCUGAGCUCUCGCUUUGGGCAGCAGCUGCGGCAGCGAUUCGUCAACAACCCGUCCGCUGAUGGCUCGCUCAUUGCCGUGCACUGGGUGCAUGCGGAGGAGAGCCAGAAGUUUGACUGGCCUCACUUCGGCACAGCUGUCAUCGACAUCUGGCUCCUCGCACUCUGCGACUCCUUCCUGGUGACGGAGGGAUCAACACUUGGCAUGGUGGCAGCGGGGCUGGCGGGCGUCUUCGACUCCUUCCUGGUGACGGAGGGGUCAACACUAGGCAUGGUGGCAGCGGGGCUGGCGGGUGCCACGCCUCACAUCAUGAACGUCAUGCUCGACACCUCCACCAACGAUGACUGGCGCUCCAAUGGCCGCCCCGAGUGCCAGCUCGGUGGGCCUGAGCCGUGCCUCAAGACACACCACGGGCACGCUCAGGUGGGGUGGGCAGGGCAUGCGGGGGUGGGCAGUGAAUGCGCAGGUGUGCAUGGAAUGCUGGCGGGCGCCACGCCUCACAUCAUGAACGUCAUGCUCGACACCUCCACCGGCCAUGACUGGCGCUCAAAUGGCCGCCCCGAGUGCCAGCUCGGUGGGGCGGAGCCGUGCCUCAAGACGCACCACGGGCACGCUCAGUGCAUGCUCGACACCUCCACCAGCCAUGACUGGCGCUCCAAUGCGCGGCCCGAGUGCCAGCUCGGUGGGGCGGAGCCCUGCCUCAAGACCCACCACGGGCACGCUCAGGGGUCCUUUCGCUGUUCUUCACACACCGUGCAUGUCUCUCUCUCACCCCCUCCGCACGUCUCCCAUCUCAUGCCUGCCUCCAUCACAGUGCUUCACCUCCAGUAG